AUGUGGUUGUUCCAGCCUUCUGACCGCCUGGAUGUACACAAGUACCGCAGCGAACUGUCGGAGUACAUCCGGGCACAAGCGAAGCAAGUGUUCGGACCACCUGAGAAGAAGCCGAGGCAGGCUUGGAUUUCCCAGUGCACGUUCGAGUUCGUGUCUCUGUCAGGGGGUUUCGCGAUGGCUGUGCAGCACUCGAAGGUUGCUGAAAUGGUCGUUGCGCUCGAGGAAGUCCCUUUCCAGGACAAGGGGGGUCGAAUGGUCAAGUUGUAUAAGGGCAAGGGGGAUCCUCGGGAUCUCGAUUGUUCACGCGGACUCACUGUUGUGGACCAUCAGGCGAAAUCAUUUAUUUCCUUGUUGAAGAAUGACCUUGAGGAUGCAUAUCAUGCGUUUGUGCCCCAGAGCCAGCACGGAGCUGUAGCAAAGAAAGGCACCGAUCUAGCGCACCAUUUCAUCUUGACUGCCCUUGCCUACGCUAAGGCCGUGGGGCAAUGUGCGUUCGUGCUCUUUGUUGAUCUUGUGAAAGCUUUCGACGGCGUUGUCCGGGAAUUGUGCAUGGGAUUCCCUCAGGACGUCCCUGAAACUCGCAGCGCCCAGCUCGAGUACCUGAUGGGGAUGGGGGUUGAUGCUCCGGAUGCCGAGUGGAUUUUGGAUUACAUAGAACAGCACGGGCACGCCUUUCAGCAAAUAGGGGUGCCAGAGAAGCUCACUCGCCUUGUUGUUGCGCUCCACACGAAGUCCUGGUUUCAGGCUGACGGAGCGGACAGCUUCGCCUACACGAGAACUGGCGGCCGGCAGGGCUGCAAAUUAGGCGGGCUCAUGUUCAAUUGUUGUUAUACUCUUGCUCUUAACCAGCUUGUGCAGGCGUUGCGCGAAGCCGGCAUCACCACCAGGAGCGGGCGGUGA